AUGGAGACCAGCCUGAAAGUCCUGCUGCUCGUCGGGGUGGUCACAGCAGCCUCCACACCACCAUCAUCCCCUCUGCCAAGCCACGAGGUUGCGGUUUUAGCUGCAGUUCAGAUCUACAACCAAGAGCCAGGCACAACACUGGCCUAUCGGCUCCUGGAAGCUGAGCCGCAGCCAGACUGGGACGUGUCUUCAAAAACUAUCCAGUCGCUGACCUUCACUGUGAAAGAGACAGUGUGCCUGGUAUCAGAGAAACGCGACCCCAGCCAGUGUGAAUUCAAAGAAGACGGGCUGGUCAAAGACUGCUCUGGAUUCUUCUCCACUGAACAGGACCCCCCUUCCAUCAUUAUCAAAUGUGAGGAGGCAUCUGAGAAGAUGAGUGGCCUAGAUGGCUUCCUCUCUGCUCACGCUCUUAUCACCUUCACUCCCUGGCAGCUGGCAAGAGACUAUUCAGGAUACAUCUUCCCCGAGCAGCAGCCGGCCACCAACCUGAUCACCUGCGACAUAGUGGCUGAGGAGGUAAGGAAGGUUUCCACUCAGGUGACCAGCUGA